AUGCCACGAGAAGUGGAGCCAUCAUUGAGCGAAAAGACAUUCGUCACACAGGCACUAGCCGAGGGGCUGCGUCUGGAUAAUCGCACAUUCGAACAAUAUAGGUCACUAAAGCUUACAUUCGGCGAUGAGUAUGGCAUUGCUGAAGUGCAACUCGGCAAGACAAAGGUCCUGGCCAAAGUCUCAGCAGAAGUCACAGUCCCAUUCUCAGACCGGCCGUUUGACGGCGUCUUUACCAUUGCUUCCGAGCUCAGUCCCAUGGCUGCACCGUCCUUUGAGGUGAAUCGUCCGACAGAGACCGAAGUCAUCCUGUCACGCCUCCUCGAAAAGACGAUUCGCCGCUCCGGCGCGCUCGACACCGAGUCGCUGUGCCUCAUCGCCGGCCAAAAGUGCUGGUCGGUGCGCGUCGACCUGCACGUGCUCGCCCACGAAGGCAAUCUGCUCGACACCUCGUGUCUGGCCGUCGUCGCCGCGCUACGCCACUUUCGCAAGCCCGAGACGACCAUGGAGGGCGGCGUGCUGACCGUCUACACGCCUGCUGAGCGCGUGCCCGUGCCGCUGAGCUGGCUGCACUCGCCAUUCUGCGUCACGUUUAGCUUCUUUGGCGGCAACGGCGACGAGGAGGAGGAAAAGGUGCUGCUGGACACGACGUGGCUGGAGGAGCAGCUCCGGACGAGCAGCUGCACGUUUAGCAUGAACAGGCACGGCGAGAUUUGCCAAAUCUCCAAGCUAGGCGGCGACGCGGUAGAUGCGCCGCUGUUUGUGGCUUGCGCGCAGAGGGCGCUGGGAAAGACAAAGGAGUUUACGGAUUUGGUGGAUAGGGAAUUGGCAGAGGACGCGAAGCGGAGGGACAAGGGCGGAUUAAUGGCGGAGCUGACGGCUGAAAAUGAGAGAUGA